AUGGAUGGGACUUAUAAUAACCCUUAUGCGCAAGGGCAGUCGCAAUCUCCAUUAUCUCCCCAAACGCCUGGAGGAUAUCAGGUCAACGUCAACCGCACUAAGACGAGGAAAUGGGUCCAAGCGCCGACUCAGAAUUACGAUGGUGACGAUUGGGGCGCCGACGAGUUCGAGGAUGACGAGCCACCGCCGCCUCCCCCGGUUCCUCGAGUAACAACAGGUCUCCGACCGGUCGGACAACGAACCGAAUCAUUUGGGCCCUCCCCAAGAUUGGCUGCCGCUGUCGCUUCCAGUUCUCGCAGCUCAAGCAACGCGCCAUCGCUACAGCUUCAGACAAACCAUCCGGAUGUGCCCAACCCAGGCCACCCAGAACAAUCCCAUAAUGUUUCGUCACCGGUUACAGGGCGAACCGGAUCACCUGCUCCUUUGUCUUCAGGUCCUGGAUCUUCAAAGGCGCCCAGUUAUGACCAACAGCCCGACGUACGAUCCUCUACCCCGCAGAGCACCGCAAGUUCCGCUGCUCGUGGUUCGCCUUCAAUCCGACCCGAUUUUCGCCAUAUAGAUGAUGAGCGUAAGUUGGGCGGGUCGCCGUUGUCCGUCACAGAGAAUAUCGCACCCAGACCCGAUGAUCACUCUACACCCCCAGUCAAUGAACCGUACCAGCCAGGAUACGGUCGAGGAGAUGGCCCAGCGAUUGAUAAGGUCCAGAAGCAGCCAACUUUUGAUGCCAUUCUCGCGAAGCGUGAGGAGCUAGGUUUAGGAUCUCAGGGGUUGCACGAUCCUCCCACUCUAGAUAGCAUUGCUCCUCCAGAGCCUGCUAGUCACACGGAAGAAACUGUGAUUCAUUCGCCUGUGGAUAUUGACAGGAAGCGAUUAUCUGUCAGCCCACAGCUUCCUGAUGUUGCGCGUAUGUCAGUAUUUGGCGCUGAUUUCUUCUCUUCGGGAAACAAGUCCAGCGGUCCUGCCUCUGCUCAAGACCCGACCAAGCAAGACCAACCUUCAGUUCCCAGUCAAGCAACUGAUGGCCCCGGAAAUCUCGCAACUUUGGAAGAGAAGCCCAGAGAGAGUGAAGACAACGCCAGCACUCCUGGACCUAACAGCAGCACCUCUCUUGCCCCUGUGAAUGAUCCUCGAGCUGUUCCACCUCUGCGUACACCAAGCCCAAACUCAAAGGGACUCUUCCCAUCGCCUAGAGAGCCUACAUCAGCCACCGACUCCAAGAUUACGCCUACAGAGCCUCUGCACCCUCGACAACCGGAUUACUCUCCAUCGAACUACGAGCCUAAUUCUGCUUUGACACAAGGAUCUUUGAACACCUUCAAUUCGUCACCUGUUAAGGAAAGUGACGUCCUGAGUGAGGAGAUCAUGAGGUCCCUUAGCCCCAUUGCUCCAACACCAAGCUCUGCAGUGUCUCGGCCUCUGCCCGGUAACUCUCAGUCUUUGACACCAGGUGACCGGGGUGUCACUCGUAACAGCAGCUAUACCCUUAGCGAUUAUGAUAGCUAUUGGGCCGAUUCAAACGAGAAGCCUGGGCAAGACUCGAAGACCGAAGCAGAGGACCAAGAGAAGCCCAAGACUGAGACCUCUCCAGUUCAUGAGCAGAAGCAGCAGCCAAUUGUCCAACCGCUGUCUAGCGCCGUGGUGUCUACCGAAACCCAGCCUAUCGCUCGACCAGAGUCACUCAAGUCUGAUUCACGGCGCAGAUUCUCUUGGGAGGCUGGUUUCGAUUCCCCAACAAAGAUUCUCCCUGUCGAGCCGCCCUCUGGUACUUUCAACAACGAAGCUCUUCGCCCAGCUUCUCCUUCACCUCUAGCACCAGUGGGUGCCCAAUCUCCAAAGGACGAGGCUUUGGAUGUUGCGAGCCAAACCAAAGAGACACCUCAAAAUGUCGAGACUCCGAGAAUCGUCAUCCCGCCUUCUGGUGGCAUUUCUCAUCAAGUUUCCAAAGCCAGUACGCUACCGCCAAGUCAGCAGCCAGCUCCUUUGGAACCCCCUUCCCCCGUCUCUAUCGAAAAUGACGAUGCAACUCCUCGAGCCAUUGACAAUCGUCGUCCAUCUGUUGCAGAGAAUAAAUCAUCGAAUCAGGUACCUUCAAAUCUUACGUCAGCAUCGCCACCCCCAGAUAAGUCGACCAAAGCUCUUCCUCCCAGUCAGUUCCCUCAGACUACUCCAUGGCGCGAUAUUAUGAGCCUAGCAACACCCGUUCAAAGGACCCUCAAGUUUGAAGCGGGUUUAGCUACACACCAAGCGUGGGACUCAGGUCUGGAGAACUGGCUGUCUAAUCUGAUGACCGAGCAUCCCGAAUACGCGAACGGAACUUCCUCCUUCUCCGGAGCCGGGGUGCCCACAAGUCAAAAGGGACACGCAUCAGGUCCCAGCCUUUCUCACAACCAACAGCCGUAUUACCAGCAGUAUCUUAAUGCAAGCUCGCCUACGACAGGGCCACCACCAGGACGAUCUCGACUUGGCGGAUCCGUGCCAUCCGGCACCAGCGGCUUCGGAAACUCGAGCAACCAGAUUGGAACCAAGGGCAAGGAACUCAUGCAGUCUGCUGGAAAGAUGGGCAAGGGAUUGUUUAGCAAGGGAAAGAGCAAAUUGCGUGGAACUGGGGACAAGGGCGAACCAAUAUCUCCGGUGCAAACAAAGUUCAAAGCUGAAAGACGCGCAUCGUGGGGUUUAGAUCGUCUCACAAGAUCCCGCGCUGAUGACUCCUCCGACAAAGACGUCGUGAUCUCGAGGCCUUCGACCCAGUCGUAUCAUGCUCCCCAGUCCUCCCAAUCUUCUAGCAUGCUACAGUUUGGCUCUGUGCCUUCGACUGGCGAAUCAGGUAAGAGACUUGCUUCACGCGAGAGCUAUGGGCCUCAGCUCUCCCAAGAUCCAGCUGCUUCUACCUCUGCCUCUGCCUCUGCUUCUAUUUCCGCUCCCGCCAGUAAAGAAAAUGAUGAUAGAUCGCAAUGGUUCAUUCCAACUCCCAUCGAUGAGUCUACUUGGGAUCCCUUCAAAGGAACAGACCUUGCCAAGGGUAAAGCUUCUCAGCAAUCAGGAGCCAUGCUUGCAAACCAAGGCCAUCCUCAGGGUGGCUCCAGCACCCAAAUGCCAUCCAGUAAUCCAAUGUCUGGCGGUGCUACUCCUACGCCUGCCAGCGGCGGUAUUCGUAUGGUGCCUCCAGAGGACCCUACACACCCAUCACCUCAACCGACGUCUGUUUAUUCAUCGGUUAUCUCACAGGCCCCCAUGACAAAUGCACCUCAGUCUCAAAGUCCGACUCAACCACAUGAUCCCUCGGCCAUGGUUCAGCGUCAUUCCUCCUUUGUUGGACUACCUCCCAUCAGAAGAGGGUCGACUUUUGAUGUUAACUCGAGAUCGACAGCGACUGAACAAAGAACCACACAGCCUAUCGCUGAGCAUGUUACUGCUGAGCCGGAAGACCUCGAUGAGAUUGCUCGUCAGCAGGGAACACUGACAUCUGAGGUUACGGUCGGGUCUACAUUGGUUGGGACAGAUUCUAUCAUGGAAGAGAAGUUCAAGAAAGAUGUGGAUGGAUCAGAACCUCAAUCACCCCCUCCGCAACAAUCGCCACGCCACUCACUGCAGCAAUCACCUCCCAGGGGACCACAGCAUCCAUUCCAGAUGCACCCAGUCCAACCCGGGCCUAUGCCACCGCAAACUCAGGGAUACCAGCCUCCGACGCUACCCUUGCUUCCGCCUCAACUCAUGGGAGGCCCCGUUCAGAGGCUUCCUCCGUCUGGUCCGUGGAAAUUGGAGGAAAGCCACUUGUCUGAGCCUCUUCACCGCGUUACUCCCAAGCCUCAGGCAGUCCCACCAUCGGGUCAAUGGAAGUUGGAAGAAAGUCACUUGGCCGAGCCCCUUCAUAUGGUUAACAGAAACCGAGCGGGCACGAAUGCCUCGCAGAUUUCCCAGCUCUCGCAGCGUUCACAACGUUCACAGCAGUCCCAAAAUGACCCUUUCUACGGCUACAACAAGGAAACUGGAGAGGUUCCCCCUUCUCCAUCUUCGAGUUCUACGGCUAAUAGGCAUCAUCAACGGCAAAAGCCUUCUGAAGUGCCACCUUCAUCGGCCAAUCGUUAUCCUGGUCUCUUCCCUGGUCAUCAACGACAGCCGAGCGGCUCUAAAGAUGUUCACCCUGGUCCUGGAUCUCAGUUCAUCAGACGAUUUUCUCAAGAGGGCAUCGCCAGAACAGGGACGGGCGACACUACUAAUGAAGACCGGGGACGUUCUAAAAAGGCCUCGGCGUUGUUGAAGGACAUUGGGCACCGUUUCAGGAAGAGCUCGACCGAGCGACGAAGCACGCCUGUGGAUCACCACGGUCGGCAGUUCCAUCCUCCGCAACAACAGCAGCAACUUCAACCACCGCACGCUGACGUCCAUCAUGAUGCGGCUUCUGUCUCGAGUGUGACGACGGACGGAACCCAUGACAAGAAGAAGUCGAGAGCCAGUUUCAUGCUUGGUCUGAGGAAGUAG